UGCUAGUUUUUAAGUUGAUUUACUGAAAGGCAAAAAUGUCAGCCUCUUGUUGCUCCAAGAGCAGAGGCAAUUAUUUUUUCCCAAGGGACUGCAUGUGAUACUGGGAUACUUUAGGCCUAACUCAGUUUCUUUAUCAACUGCUCCUGCUAAGUUUAAAUGAUACAGUUAGCCCCGAAUUAUGUGUUAAAGUUAAACUGCCCACAGUGUAGGGGAAAUGCUGAGGAUCACCAAUAGUAUUUAAAGUACAUUUUAAAAAGCAGUACUGCAAACACUGAUUGCAAACCAAUGGCUGACUAUACUACAGAAGAUUAUUUGUACUUGUUCAAUACAAGUAAUGGCUCAUAUAAUGGCUCAUACGAUGAUUAUCCUGACAAUGGAGACUGGUGUGAAGCUGAUGACCACCAGGCUCGCGUCAUCAAAACCUUCCAAGCUUGCGCUUUCACUGCCAUCUUCCUGCUUGGCGUUGCAGGAAACUCCCUGGUGAUCGCCACCUUUGCUCUCUACCGCCGCUUUCGGCUUCGUUCCAUGACCGAUGUCUUCCUGUUCCACCUGGCGCUGGCUGACCUCCUCCUCCUCCUCACACUCCCAUUGCAGGCCAUUGACACUCAGGGUUGGCUUUUCUCUUAUCAUCUCUGCAAGAUCAUGCGUGCAACCUACGCUAUCAACACAUACAGCGGGCUGCUGCUGCUUGCAUGCAUCAGCGUCGACCGCUACAUGGUAGUAGCACGAGCGCAGGAAAUGCUCAGGCUGCGCAGCCAAAUCCUAACAGCUGGGAAGCUCACUGCUGUGGGGGUAUGGCUUGUUGCAGUGGCUCUAAGCAUCCCUGAAAUCCGCUUCUCAGGGGUUUCAGUCAGCUUCUCAGGGCAUUCAGGCAAUGAAACUGAAGCGUUCUGCGUCAUGCAAGUAAGUGGUCGAAUAAGACUGGUCCCCAGUGGCGUGAUCAUCACCGUCUUCUGCCUCUCCCUCGCCAUUAUGGUGGCAAGCUACACUUCGAUUGCUCGAGUGCUGUGGGAAGGGCACGCACAUCGGCGAGGGAAGCAGUGGCAACGGCAGCGUACCCUGAAGCUGAUGGUUGCCCUGGUGCUGGUUUUUCUGGUAUUCCAGCUGCCGUACACUGCGGUGCUGUGUCGCAAAAUGUUCGGCCCGUUCUGUGGUCUGAUGUUGGAGUACGUCACCUGCACGCUGGCGUACACCCGCUGUUGCCUCAACCCUAUCCUCUACGCCCUGGUAGGUGUGCGUUUCCGUCAGGACGUGGUGAGGCUCAUCUACGAUUCAGGCUGCCCAUAUCGCAAUCUGGUUGUGCCACAGACGGUGAACUCGACAUCAAUCUCCGCCUCCUCACCUGCUCUCACCGUGCUUUCGGCGUGCUCUCCAACAUCUCCCGAUGCUCCAGUUGCCUUCAAGUUUUCGGGAACCAAAUAAACUCUGAGUGGACAAUGAACUGCUUUGCAUAUAUUGUAUUAUAUUGUAUUUUAUUAUUAUUAGAAAUGGAACAUCUUAUAUUCACUGUUCAAAACUUGUCGGUAAGUCAAGCUGAAUGGGUCAUCCCAUGAAAAAUCAAUAAGUUUGUCCUACCUGACCCCUUCAGCUUAUUAUUUCACUGUAUAUAUAUAUAUAUAU